AUGGCAUCCGAUAGAGAUGUUCUGCCCUCCUGGGCGAAACCCUCCCACUACGACGUUUCCAUCCACGACAUCGAGUUCGGCGGCAACUUCACCUACCAAGGCACGGUUGCGAUCAAGACGAACAUCAACAAGGACGAUGGCUUCAAUGAGCUUGUGCUCAACACCCUUCAGCUCAAGGUCCAUUCCGCUGAGCUGAAGACAUCCAAGGGAAGCAAUGACGCAAAGAACUUCUCGUACGACGAGAAGCGCCAUCGCGUAACUCUGGACUUUGGAGAGAAGAUACAAUACUCCGGGGAAGCUACGCUGACACUGAAGUUUGAGGGAGCCAUCAAUAACAUCAUGGCCGGCUUCUACCGCUCCAAAUACAAGCCCCAGGGCGAGGUGCCAGCUUCUGUCGCCAAAGAUGACGAAUUCCACUACAUGUUCAGCACCCAGUUCGAAUCAUGCGAUGCACGUCGAGCCUUCCCUUGUUUCGACGAGCCCAACCUCAAAGCCACCUUCUCCGUCUCGCUCGAAAUACCAGAGGACCUCACUGCGUUGAGCAACAUGCCCGAGAAGGAGACUAAGCCAAGCAAGAGGGACGGCUUCCACACUGUAGUGUUUGAGCCUACUCCUGUCAUGUCGACCUAUCUCCUUGCGUGGGCAAUCGGAGACUUCGAAUACGUCGAGGCGUUCACAAAGCGACAGUACAACGGCAAGAACCUACCCGUGAGGGUCUACACCACCCGUGGGCUCAAGGAACAGGGACGCUUUGCGUUGGAGAACUGUCAUAAGAUCGUCGACUACUUCUCUGAGACCUUCCAGGUUGACUAUCCUUUGCCCAAAGUCGACUUGCUUGCAGUCCACGAAUUCUCACACGGCGCUAUGGAGAACUGGGGUCUCAUCACUUACCGCACGACCGCUGUUCUCUUCGACCCCAAGACCUCUGCAGACAGCUACCGAAAUCGCGUUGCUUACGUUGUAGCACACGAGCUUGCUCACCAAUGGUUCGGUAAUCUAGUCACCAUGGACUGGUGGAGUGAGCUUUGGCUGAACGAAGGAUUCGCCACCUGGGUGGGUUGGUUCGCCAUAGACCACCUUUAUCCCGACUGGAAUGUUUGGGGACAAUUUGUCACUGAAUCUGUCCAAACAGCAUUCCAACUCGAUUCGCUACGAACGUCCCAUGCUAUCGAGGUACCCGUUAGGGAUGGUCCAGAGGUUGACCAAAUCUUCGAUCACAUCAGCUACCUGAAGGGAAGCUCGGUCAUCCGCAUGUUGAGCUCCCACCUCGGCGAAAAGGUCUUUCUACAAGGAGUGGCAGACUAUCUCAAGAAGCAUCAGUACUCGAAUGCGACCACGAACGACCUGUGGUCUGCCCUCAGCAAGGCCUCUGGUAAGGACGUCAACAGCUUCAUGGACAACUGGGUCCGCAAGAUCGGCUUCCCUGUGGUUACUGUAGCCGAAGAGCCUGGACAGAUCGGCCUUCGUCAGCAGCGAUUCCUACUUGCCGGAGACGCUAAGCCUGAGGAGGAUGAGACUGUCUGGUGGAUUCCGUUGGGUCUGCAGACUGGCGAUUCUAUAACCGCAGCUUCAACGCACAAGACCGCUGCGUUGACGGAGAAGGAAACCACCAUCCGAGAUGUCAAUGAAUCUUACUACCAGGUCAACAAGAACCUCACUGGCUUCUACCGGACCAACUACCCCCCAGCACGCCUCGAGAAGCUCGGCGAAGCCCGCCAGAACCUUACCGUUGAAGAUAAGAUCGGUAUCAUUGGAGAUGCCUACGCCAACGCUGUUGCCGGUUACGGAUCAACAGCAGGCUUGCUUGCUCUUGUGAAGCGGUUCCAGGACGAGCAGGAGUACUUGGUUUGGGCUCAGAUCAUCAACAAUAUCGGCACCGUGCGCAGCGUGUUCUCCGGUUCUCAGGAUGUGAGCGAUGCGCUAAAGAAGUUCGAGCUCGAACUACUUUCGCCUGCUACUGAGAAGGUUGGCUGGGAGUUCCCUGAGGGCGAGAGCUACCUCGUGGGUCAGCUUCGGGCGCAACUCACUACUACCUCCGGUUUACUCGGCCACAAGGCUACCGUGGACGAGGCUUUGCGCCGCUUCGACCUUUACAUCUCUGGAAAAGACAAGUCUGCCAUCAACCCAUCGCUCCGCAGGACUGUAUUCUCCGUCGCAGUCAAGGAACGAGGAGAGUCCGCCUUCGAAGCUAUCAAGAACGAGUUCCUCACCACAUCAUCUAUUGACGGCAAGGAGAUCUGCCUGCGUUCUAUGGGUCACGUACAGACACCGGAACUCGCGAAGAAGGUCCUUGAUUUCAUCUUCUCUGACAAAGUUGCGAUGCAGGACAAGCAUAGUGGCACGAUCAUUCUGGCCAAUAACGCGAAGGUUCGCCCCGAAGUGUGGAACUUCAUCCGUAAUAACUGGGACAGCAAGAUAUACCCGACUCUAUCAGGCAACUUGGUUGUACUUGAGCGCUUCCUGCGUUUCGGUCUGAACAAGUUUGCAGACGACAAGGUUGCGGAUGAAAUCGCAGCAUUCUUCAAGGGCAAGGAUAACCGGGGCUAUGACAAGGGCUUAGAGGUUAUCGAUGACACUAUCCGAAGCCACGCCAAGUACAGGAGCCGGGAUGAGGGUGUCGUACGCGAGUGGCUCAAGGCAAACGGCUACAUGCAGUGA